AUGCGGCUUUAUGUUUCGGAAUUUGGCGCCGACGUCUUUUCUACCGAUGGUUUGGUGUUAUUUUGUAAAGUCUGUGAAGUUAAAGUUGCAGCAGAUAAAAAAUAUACAAUUCAGCAACAUAUUACACGCGAUAAACAUUUACGUGGUAUUCAAAAACGAAACGAGCAAACGACUUCUUUAACACAACCAAUGUAUUCUGAGUACGGAAAUUCUAAUUUUAAUCUAGAUUUGUGCAGGGCAUUUUUAAGUGCAAAUAUACCGUUACAUAAAGUAUCUCAUCCAAUUUUACGAAAUUUUCUUGAAAACUAUACAAAUAAAACAAUUCCGGACUCGUCUACAUUAAGAAAAAAUUACGUAAAUAAAUGUUACGAAGAAACUAUGAAUAAAAUAAGAACAUAUGCCUCGGGGAAAAAAAUUUGGAUUUCAAUAGAUGAAACUUCGGAUGCAGCUGGUGGAUAUGUUGCUAAUGCAAUAAUUGGAACGUUGGAAAUUGAUCAUCAAGGUAAAACUUUUCUUUUAAAUUCCGAAUGCCUGGAAAAAGCUAAUCAUGGAACAAUUGCUAGAUUUUUCGAUAAAUCUCUUUUACUUUUAUGGCCUGAUGGAGUAAAACGUGAAAAUGUACUUUUAUUUGUAGCUGAUGCAGCUCCAUACAUGGUGAAAGCGGCCAGAUCUUUAAAGCUAUUGUAUGCAAAUAUGGAACAUGUUACGUGUUUGGCUCAUGCUCUUCAUAGAGUAUCGGAAGAAAUUAUAAAAUAUUUCCCUUUAGUAGACGAAUUCAUGUCAAAUAUGAAGAAAGUAUUUUUAAAAGCUCCAUCUCGUACUCUUACUUUUAAAACUUUUGCACCCAAUAUACCUUUACCACCUAACCCUGUGAUAACUAGGUGGGGAACAUGGAUAAACGCAUCUCUAUAUUACUGUGAACACUUAAGUUCAAUCAAAAAAGUUUUGAGAGAAUUGAGUAGAGAAGAAGCCACUGCCAUAGCUAAAGUCCAAGAUUUGAUCGACAAUCAAACUCUAAAAUGUAAUUUAAUUUACAUAAAAACUAAUUUUAGCUCAUUGCCCGAGUCUAUCAACCGUUUAGAAACUUCGGAUUUGCCACUAAAAGUCUCUAUAAAAAUAGUGGUCGAUUUCCGACAGAAAAUUCAACAAUCUAAAAACGAAAUUGGCAUAGCUAUACAAAACAAAUUAAAAAUGGUGUUGGAGAAAAAUACUGGAUUUGAAACGUUAAGUAAAAUAUCAAAAAUAAUUGAUGGAAAUGAAUCAGACACGGCUCAUUUCCCUGAUGAGUUCAAUAUCGACGAUAUCACGUACAUGAAAUUUGCUCCGAUUACUUCUGUGGAUGUGGAAAGAAGUUUUUCAUGCAACAAAACAUUGCUAGCAGAUAAUCGGCGGUCAUUUGUAUUUGAAAAUUUGAAGGAGCUACUGAUUGUCCAAUGCAACAAUACAAUUUAA